GGCCUUACCAACAUCUGAUCCAAGUAAGGUUCUGUGAGAGUAGGGCUUCUGCUUUCUGCAGCUUGGGUAGAAGAGCUCUAGAGGGAGCCAGAGUUAAAGGGAAAGUUCACUAGUCCAGAAGUUGUUCUGCACACUUUUAGGGACUUAGAAGUGUGACUCGGUGUUUUAAGUUUCCACAGGGUGGUGCUAUACUUUCUUUUUGUUGAAACUCUUCCUUUCUUUGUCUUUUUUUUUUCUCGUGGUGCUUAUGGUGUGUUCUGCUUGUUUUGUUGCAUGACUGUAUAGUUCAUUUGCUUGGCUAGUUAUAUAUUUGGGUGCUUUGGGCAUAAUAUAACUUAAACAAAAUGUAUAUCUUGUGCUCAGUUUAUACUAGGCUUUUCUUUACUUCUCCACGUUUGCUUAUAAAUGAACUUUUAUUGAAUUUUAUUUUAUAUGCAUGCUUAUAAUAAUGCAUUAAAAUGUGGUAACGUUUUUUUCUUUUAGUUUUUAGUUGGUGUAAAAAAGUGAUUUUGUUUUGCCUUCGUUUAAACCGAGCUUAUCUGGGCUAAACAAGCCUAAAAAGGCAGGACCUGUAUCUCUGAGCAGUGUUUUGUUUUGAAGCUGUGUUCUCUCUCUCGCUCUCGGUGGGUUUGAGCAUGCUCAGUCAGCUUGUUUUCGACUAAGAACCUGGAGCCAUCAAUCAUCACCCGAAGCCCCGCCCACCGCUCCACUUCUUCCACACCCAGCCCGAGCCGCUGAUUAGCUCGCUGCUCUUGGUUGCCUGGUUUCUUACAUAAUUACCCUGCAGGCCCCGCCCCUUAUUUGCUCAGUUAAAGGUAGUGUGGAGCCAUGAAGCCCUUCAGUUUUGUUUUGAAGCUCAGGCGGAGUUCAGACCCCUCCCCAGCACUUUAAAACUUUUACAACCCCCAAGUUUACGCCUCGUUUAGAGAGCCGAGAUGAUUUUCGACAAGCUGAAAAAGUUCCUCAUCGUGUUCGACUCGCCGGAGGUGGACUCGCCCCCGGUGUUCAGCAGCGGGGACGUGGUGUCCGGCAGAGUGGUGCUCGAGCUGUCCGCAGAAAGCAGCGUGGAGUCGCUGAAGCUGCACGCGGAGGGUUUUGCAAAAGUUCACUGGACGGAGUCUCGCAGUGCGGGCUCCAGCACAGCCUACACCCAGAACUACAGCGACGAAGUGGAGUAUCUGAACCGCAGAGAGGUGCUGCUGCAGGCAGAUAAUGGGGAACUGACCACCCUUCCUGCUGGAAGACAUGAAUACCCCUUCAGUUUCCAGCUGCCCGAGGAGACACUGGUCACCUCCUUUGAGGGCAAGCAUGGCAGCAUUCGCUACUGGGUCAAGGUGAAGCUGCAUCGACCCUGGUGCACAGUGAAGAAGAUCAAGAAGGAGUUUACAGUUAUUGAGCCCAUUGAUAUCAACACACCAUCCCUUCUUGCACCUCAGGCUGGAACCAAAGAGAAGAUGGCCCGCGCCUGGUACCGUAACUUCGGGCAGGUUUCAAUCACUGCAAAAAUCGACCGUAAAGGCUACACACCAGGUGAAGUGAUCCCAGUCUUUGCAGAAUUCGAUAACUCAACUUCACGAUCAGUGGUGCCCAAGGCUUAUAUCACUCAGACGCAGACGUUUAUCGCAAGGGGUACCAUGAAGCAAAAGCGCUCUGUCGUUGCCACACUGUGUGGAGAUGCAGUGGGAGCGCGGCGUAGAGAGACCUGGCACGGCCGAGCCAUCAAAAUCCCUCCUGUUGGGCCGUCCAUCCUCCAGUGUCGCAUCAUCAAAGUGGAAUACAUGCUCAGGGUUUGUGUGGAUGUUCCUGGUACCUCCAAGCUGUGUCUGGAGCUUCCACUGGUCAUGGGGACCAUCCCUCUCCAUCCUUUCGGCAGCCGCACCUCCAGCGUCAGCAGCCAGUACAGUCUGAACCUGGAGUGGCUCCGCAUGGCCAUCCCCGAGCAGCCUGAGCCUCCUCCUGAGUACAGCUCCGUCGUGACUGAGGAAGAGUCCGUGCAGAAUUCUGCAGCUCGACAAGAGGAGGACCUCAGUGGGGUGCUGGAGCGGCCUUUCAUGGCCUAUGUGCAGGAAUUCCGAUUCAGGCCACCUCCUGUGUACAGUGAGGUGGACCCCAAUCCUCAGCCCUUCAACAUGAGACCCCGUUGCAUGACCUGUUGAACGCCAUUGCAUCUGAGCAUCAUGUGGUGAUGUGCUGAUUGAAACGAAGCAAAGAUUUGCUUUCUUCCUGGAUGCCCUGGAUCGCUGAGACUGGUACUCAUCUCUUGGGACUUGCCUCAUCGCCCAAGGGUCUGCAGUGCCAAUCGAGUGGAGGGGCCGAGAAGGAGGAAUCGGUUGCUUGAUUGACUGAUUGGACUAUCUGGCCGGAUAAUAUUCUUUCACAUCCUUUCAAGUCCCUGCAAGAGAGGGAAAAGGUGCGAGUUGGAUGGAUUUGUCUGGUCAUUUCAGAGUCCUCAGACCUCAGUCUGCUGUGGUCAGUGCCCGCUAACGAUCGACUGUCAACCUACCAAGUUUGCAACUGGUGGAAAUCUGUGGACUGUUUGUGUUCUGGGGAAGGAGAUUAAACCAAGAAGAAGAAGCCGCUUAUAAAUGGUGCCUAACCGUGAAGGUUCCUGUAUUUAUUUCAAGUGAACAUUUUGGUUUAUCCUGUAUUAAUAUCAUCACCUAAUAGUUGACGCAAUAAUGUCGCAAUAAUGAACUGUCGACCCUGAUCUGUGGUAGCCAAAAUGCUUCCUUCCAAAGUGCCUUCCCUUGCUUUCCCUAUUACAGUCCUACCAUCAAGAAAUAAUGUUAAUCUUAUGAUUUUAAGCUCGUAUGUUGUGCUGUGUAUGCAGGUGACAUAAGAUCUAGUGUAAAGGUAGUGCAGGUUCAGACCUGCUGCGAUAUGCACGGGUGAUACUGGGCAUGAAAGUUAAGCUGUGUGCCAAUGAGAUUUGUCAGAUAUUGCAUUAGAAUCGUGGAGGCAGCAAAGUUUGUGUGGGUUUUAUUCUUGAAGAGAAAAAAACAAACAAACCCACCAUCGUACUUCUGAAGUUUGGUAGACUUGAACUUGUCAGGCUUGAGUGCGAGAAAGAAAGAGAGAGAGAGAGAGAGAAACAGAGAGGAUGCGCUGAUGGCAUGUAGCUGCUCAUCAGUGUUCGUGUCUUAAUUCGCAAAGAAAGAAAGCGAAUGCAAAGCUACAUAUAUACAUAUUCAUAUACCAAUGUUACUGGGAAUGAUUACUGCUCAGUUCUGCUGAUUGGCUGUUGUGGUGUUUUCUGCCAGUGGAUGUACAAAAAAUAUAUGAUCAUUACUCAACAUAAAACAACAGCACAGUUCAGUACAAAGCUGCAGCAGGCACAAACUAUUAGAGCUCUAGUAACGUCAGGAGGAGGAUGAUUACGAGCCAUGUUUGUUCAAGGUGCCUUAUUUUUUCUUUUUUUUGUCUUGUUUUGUUGUUUUUAACAGCAAUCAAUAUCGAGUACAGGGAUUAUGCACAAUGUUGCAGUAAGCUUUGAACUUGUUAUGCCACUCUGAAGUGUACUUAACAUUCCAAAAAAUGGGAAGGAUUUUCCUCAUUUCCAAAUGACUUCAGGUUGGAACACACUGAAUGUAAAGUUCAUGGCACUCAUGUAAACAUGAAUGUAUUUUCUAGUCUUUUUUCCAUGUCAAAUAUAUUUUUUGCAUAUCAUUUUAUAAUAAAAACAAAAGAAAAAGUAAA